UUGAAUUUCAGCGCGUGCAUUUUUUUUAUACAAUAUAUUAAUUAUUAAAAUCGAAGAAAAUCAAAAUAAGGAAGUGGUGCAACGAGAGAAGCUGCGAGAAAAAAAAAUCUUCCGUCUCUCUGUGCUUUUGGCUGUUUCUUCCCUCGUGUACGCGCGUCUCGUCGUCGAUUGUCGCGCGCGUGUGUGAAAAAAGAGCUGUGGCGGCCCCAAGGCGAAGCGACGCAGCUUAGCCAGCCCCCGCAUCGAGGAGUGCAGUGGACAUGAUUAUUUCAAAGGAUCUCUUCCUCCUCGGCGACCAAGACUACCUGCGCCUUCCCAGCAACGAGAAGCGCCAGCAGCAGCGGACAAUGGGACGGCCGAUCAUCAAUCCUCCCAGAGUGGAAAGCUCGGCGUUACAGUUGGCGUGUCCGCUGGACUCGCGCCCGGUCCAAUUGGUCUUCCGCAAUCUGCAAGUGGUCAAGGAGAAGCGCUCGCUGCUGCGCGACGUCUCGGGCGUCGUCAAGCCCGGCGAGCUACUGGCCGUCAUGGGACCGUCGGGCUGCGGCAAGUCGACCCUCCUCAACUGCCUGUCGGGCAGGAUAGGCCACGACAGCGGCGAGAUCUGGAUGAAUCGCGAGCGACUGACCAAGCGCUGGCGCCGGCGCAUCUGCUACGUGCAGCAGCAGGACGUCUUCUUUCCGGAUCUCACCCUGAGGCAGACGCUCGAGUACCAGGCGCGCCUCAGGCUUCCGGAUACACUUUCUCAUUCGCAGAAGAUGCAAUGCGUCGAUCAUAUAAUCGAGGUCCUCGAUCUUGGUGCUUGUCAGGAUACCAUCGUUGGAGAUUACACGAAACGAGGUCUGUCGGGUGGCGAGAAAAAACGAACGAGCAUAGCCUGCGAGCUGCUUACGAAUCCGUCGUUGAUGCUCCUCGACGAACCGACGAGCGGCCUGGACUCGCAUUCCGCCCAGGCGCUGAUAUCCCGACUGAAGAAGUACGCCGAGCAGGAGGGCAAGAGCAUCGUCGUCACGGUGCACCAGCCGAGCUCUCGAAUGUUUCACAGCUUCAACAAGCUGCUGCUGCUGAGUCGCGGCCAGGUGGCCUAUUACGGCUCGACGGCCAACAUCGGCCGCUUCUUCUCCACCAUCGGCCUCAAUCUCCUGCCACAUUACAAUCCUGCCGAUCUUAUACUGGAACAGAUAAAGGGCCCGGAGGAGGUGAGGGAUCGGAUCGUGGCGGCGGCGCGGGCCGCCCGCCAGGGACCCGACUGCCCGCCGGAACUGCGCCCGGAUUACAAUCCAAGCCAGACCCAGCUCUGCGAGCAUCUCAUCCAUUAUCACGAGCAUCACAUCACCAAUAAUGUCAAGGAAGACGAGGGACGCACACUGUGGCUGGACACGCAGAGCCACGCCAGCAGUAACGCCAGCUCGGCCGACGACGACUACAGCUGGCAGUGGCCCACGAGCUUCUGGUCCCAAUUCAAAGUAUUAUCGGAGAGAAAUUUCCAGGAGGCGAGGCCGCGAAUGCUGUCGCGCCUCAACUGGCUGCAGACGAUCGCGCUGGGCCUGCUCGCUGGUCUGCUCUGGUUCCGGCUGCCGCGCACCGAGGCCUCCCUCCACGACAUACAGGGCUGGAUGUUCUUCAGCACGACCUACUGGAUGCUGUUCGCGCACUUCGGCGCCCUCUCGAGCUUUCCACCGGAGCGCGAGGUGAUCAACAAGGAGCGGCUGUCGGGCUCGUAUCGGCUGUCGGCCUACUACAUGGCCAAGAUGGUCGGCGAGCUGCCGCUCACCAUCACCCUGCCCGCCGUCUACCACAUGAUCAGCUAUCCGAUGCUCGGCUUCCAGAGCAUGGGCGUGUUUCUCACUCUGCUCGGCUUCCUGCUGCUCAAUACCGUCGUGGCUCAGAGCGUGGGCUUCUUCGUGGGCGCCUGCUGUCUGGAUCUGCAGGUGAGCAUAACGGCCUCGGCGCUCUACACGCUGGCGACGCAGCUGCUGGGCGGCUAUCUGGCCACGGCGGUGCCACCCUGGCUGGCCUGGGCGCGCUACGCCAGCAUGGUACACUACGCCUAUCAGAACAUGCAGAUACUCGAGUUCGGCGUCGGCGGGCCCGUACUGUGCUCGCAGCCGAGCAAGUUCGCCGAGUGCAAGAACGGCACGACGAUACGCGUCGAGUCGAUCCUGGAGGCGCAGGGCGGCGCCAGCGGCCAGGGACUGCCACUCUGGGCCAACACGGCGGUGCUGCUGGCCUUCCUGAUCGUGUUCAGGACGAUGGGUUACCUCGUGCUUCGCUACUAUCGCGUACCAAAGUGAAGCCGCUUUUAAAAUUAUACAUAUAAAUAUAUACAUAUUUUACUUGUUUUUUUUUUUUCACUCACUCCAUUAGCCAAGUAAGCUCGGCGUACAAGUUUGUGUGAUCUGUGUGUAUGAUUAUUAUUACGAUGAUGUGUGUGUAUGUGUGGCAAGCUGGUGUAACUGAAUGAUAUUGUGUGCUGUGUAGAAAUUAUGUGUUUUUUUUUCUUCGUUAUUUCUGUUUUUUUUUCAAUUCUACGCUCCACGAUAAUGAAAAAGAAAAAAAAAACAAUAAUAAUGCCACGACCAUUUCUGUGUAUGAGUGUGUAUACGCGUGUCUGUGUGAUUUUUUACUGUCGAAAGAAUUAUACCAAGCGAUAUUUUGCACGUACAUCAUAGAUAAAGUCCGUGCAAAAAUAUACGCCAAGAGAGAGACUAAUCACAAUUUACCCUUCUGUUUUUAAACUUUGUUCACGAAUCAUGAUAAUUCGUCAUUUUUUUUUUUAUUAUUACAUAUUUAUUAUAUUUGCUACCUUAUACUAGAUUAUUAUCUUGGCUACAUAUUGUCAAACAUUAUUAUCACCGAUAUUUAUUAUUAUUACGAUUACUGCUACGAUUUAUCAUCAUGAUUAUUACUAUGCGUCUACGUUAUUUAUGAUUACUCUCAUUAUGAUUAUUAGUUAUUUUUGUGACACGAAAUAUUAUUCACUCUUACUGUUGAUAGGUAAGCGAAUUGCGGUUAAUGUCUAAGACGCGAGGAGAAGGAAAAAUAAAAAUAAAAAAUAAUCAAGCGCUUGAUACGAUUGUCAAUGCUCGCCAAGUGGCAGCGAUGCGUACGCGUGUGUACGACGACGCACGAUACUAUUUCGACUAUUAUUAAUAAUAUACAUACACAAACAUACAUUUCUCAUUUUCUCUCUUUCUCGAAUUCGUUGACGAAAGGAGAGAAAUUUUUAUACGCACAUCGGACAACACUAUUGAUACGAGCGUCACGACGCGCGUGUCUCGGCUGUGUGGGCGGCAUUGGCGAUCGGUUCUUCUUUUUCUUUUUCUUUCUUUCGAUUUUUUUUUUUUUUCGUCUAUUGUAAGUGAUUUUGUAUGAUAGCAAUACAGUGUUAAGCGAGACUAAGAGACUUGGCGGACAAGACUAUAUUGUAAAAAUUUUUUACCAAGCAUAUAUUAUAUAAAUUAUAUAUAAAUUAUAUAAAAAAGUUAGCUCGUAAGAAUUGUAAUGUACGAUUGCGUAUAUAUAUAAGAUAUAUAUGAUGAAUAUUAUAAAUAUAUUGUAAGCGUAGGAAAAAAACGAAGGUAUGUGAGAGAGUGUACAAUUGCGGUAAGUCGAUUUAUAAAUACCGUUGCAUUUUAGACUAAACGAGAUGCGUGAAUCGAAAUUUAUGUCAUCUCGCGACUUUUUUAUAGUAAAAAUAAUUCAUAAAAGAAAUAAUUAUUAUUAUUAUCAAAUGCGUUAAAUGAUAUAUAAUUGAUAAGCGAGCGCAGGAAAAAUAAAGGUAAAAAAAAAAUAACAAAAACUUUAAGUAUGCGUUAUUGGAGAACUGAGAAAGUUCGAUUUUUACAAAAUUAAAGACUAAAAAAUAUAGAGGCUUUCACGGUUUGAAAUUUUCGAUUAUAAUUAUUAAUAUAUUAUAAAUAUAAAAUGUUGACGAAUACACAGACGGAGGCGAUUCCGCGCACAGCUCUUAUAUCAAUAUAAGCUAAGUCUUGAAUCACGAACGUGAAACAAACCGAUAGCGAUGUAUAAAUAAUGACAAGUAGAUUUCGAUAAAACGAUCCUAUUUAUACCUUUUUUUUAUAAAUACGCGCGCAGAUUUUUAUACAAAGAAAUGAAAGAAAAAAAACACACACGUGCGAUUCGAAGGUUUUAUAUGAUACAAUCGAAGUAACAUGAUUGAAAACGAUCGUUUUGUAUAAUUUUCGUUUGUUCAAUCGCGGAUUAUCGAUGAAAACCCCAAAACUUUAUGCUGUAAGAGUUUUUUUUUAUAUAUAUGAAUAAUAGGCGAUGCGGUACCGAUUAGAUCCGUCGUUAAUUUGCAAUUAAUAAAAUAUACCCUUUCUUUUUCUAUGAUAAUUUUAUACUUGAAUACUUUCUUAUUUUUAAAUGUAAUGAAACGCGCGUACACGUUAGCAUGUAGUUGUUGUCAUUGUCAUUUAAACGUAUAUACUCAUAAGUAACACUCACACAACACACACCCUUCACACGUACAGAUACACACGAACACAAUUGACAGAGAAAAAAAGGAAAAUUUUUCUUACCCUUGCGACAAGGUGAAAAAAAUGUAAAGAAAAAAAGUAAACCACCAAUACUGCCAUGUAAACUUUAGGAAAAUUACGCUAAGAUGCGCGUGUGUGUCUGUGUAAGCAUUGUACGUGGGUCAGCGCGAUGAUCGAGAACAAAAAAGCGUCUAGAUGUGCACGAAGCAUCGUAUAGAAAAAAUUUUGUGAAAUAUCACGGCACAAUUCGAACGUUGAACGUUCAGAAGUGGGCUAUCACAAUAAGAUGCGAAAAAUUUUGUCCGAUCGGAAAAAUAAAUUUUGUCGUGACACGGACAGGGUUGGAGAAAUUGAACGACUCAUUGGACAUACGCUGCUUUUUAAUCGUACGCUCGGCUCUCGCGCUGUCGAGCACGUACACCCGCGUGCACAAACACACAUAAA